AUGGAGCCGGUUAAUUUUAAAAUUGUAGGAGUAGGGCAAGCGAUAUCAAAGCUAAACAAUCGAGUGAAGUUAAAUGUAUCUUCUUGUACAAGUGAUUUCAAUUCAGUUAUUGACUGUUUAGUUUUAGAAAAUAUUACCGACAGGUUACCUACGACUUCAUUUAAUAAAAAUAUUUUAAAAAUACCAAAAGAUAUUAAAUUAGCUGAUGUUACUUACAAUCGAGCGAGAGAAAUUGAUCUGUUAAUAGGAUCAUCCGUAUUCUGGGAAAUAUUACAAUUAGACAGGAUUCAAUUAGAAGAUAGUAAAGUUGUUCUACAAGAGACACAAUUAGGAUGGAUCUUGGGCGGUGCGAUUAGUUCAACGUCUAGCCAGGUAGAAAGGUAUGCUAAUAAUUUUUCCAGCGAAUUGAGCCAAAAGCAGGCUGUUGAUAAAAUAUUAUUGAAAUUCUGGGAGAUAGAAGACGUUCAUUCUAGUGUAAAAACGUUCCUUUCAGAAGAAGACCAAUAUUGCGAGACUUAUUUCAAAGACACACUCAAGCGAGCAGAUGACAAUAAAUUCAUUGUUUCAAUUCCAUUCAAGGAAAAUUUGGCAGAUCUGGGUGAUUCACGUAAGAGUGCUUUAAAACUAUAUUUCUCACAAGAGAGUAGGCUCUUAAAAAACCCAGAACUAAAACGUGAUGUUACAAUUAAUGUAAGCAUUAAGGUUGGGAAACCAUUAGAAACCAUUUGUAAUCCAUACCUACGCAUAUGUAAUACUGGACCUUUGAGUAGAGAAUCGAAAAUUGGAUGA